AUGGACGCUAUCAUCGUGGAUUCGGAAAAAACGGGGCGCGAUUGUAUCCAGUACAUCAAGGAGCAGCGGGGGGAACCCGAAACCUUCCUGCCCCUCGAUUAUCUGGAGGUAAAGCCGACGGACGAGAAGCUACGGGAGCUGAAGGGGGCGAAGCUGGUGAUCGACGUGAUCCGAUACGAACCCCCCCACAUCAAAAAAGCCCUUCAAUACGCCUGCGGCAACGCCCUGGUCUGCGACAACGUGGAGGACGCCCGCCGCAUCGCUUUCGGGGGGCACCAGCGACACAAAACGGUGGCGUUGGACGGGACCCUCUUCCAAAAAUCGGGGGUGAUUUCGGGGGGCGCCAGCGAUUUGAAAGCCAAAGCCCGUCGGUGGGACGAGAAAGCGGUGGAUAAACUGAAGGAGAAGAAGGAACGGCUGACGGAGGAACUCAAGGAGCAGAUGAAGGCGAAGAGGAAGGAAGCCGAGCUCCGCCAAGUCCAAUCCCAAGCCCACGGUCUCCAAAUGCGCCUCAAAUAUUCGCAGAGCGACCUGGAGCAGACGAAAACCCGGCACCUCGCCCUCAACCUCCAGGAGAAGUCGAAACUCGAGAGCGAAUUGGCCAAUUUUGGGCCUCGCAUUAACGAUAUCAAGAGAAUUAUCCAGGGCCGGGAGCGGGAGAUGAAAGAUCUGAAGGAGAAAAUGAACCAGGUGGAGGACGAAGUGUUUGAGGAGUUUUGCCGCGAAAUCGGGGUCAGGAACAUCCGGGAGUUCGAGGAGGAAAAAGUCAAGAGGCAGAACGAGAUCGCCAAGAAGAGGUUGGAAUUCGAGAACCAGAAGACGCGGCUGGGCAUCCAGCUGGAUUUCGAACGUAACCAGCUGCGGGAAGACCAGGAGAAGGUGCUGAUGUGGGAGCAGAGCGUGCGGAAGGACGAGGCCGAGAUCGAGAAGCUGAAGAAGGAGGAGCAGCGUCACAUGAAGAUCAUCGAUGAGACGAUGGCGCAGCUGCAGGACCUGAAGAACCAGCACUUGGCCAAGAAGUCCGAGGUCAACGACAAGAACCACGAGAUGGAUGAGAUCCGCAAGAAGCUGGGCGGGGCCAACAAGGAGAUGACGCACCUGCAGAAGGAGGUGACGGCCAUCGAGACGAAGCUGGAGCAGAAGCGCAGCGACCGCCACAACCUGCUGCAGGCCUGCAAGAUGCAGGACAUCAAGCUGCCCCUCUCCAAGGGCACCAUGGAUGACAUCAGCCAGGAGGAGGGUGGCCCGGCCGGGGAGGAGCCGGUGAGCAGCUCCCAGCGCACCUCCAGCCUCUACGCCCGCGAGGCCCUGAUCGAGAUCGACUACAGCGACCUGCCCGAGGAGCUCAAGGACGCGCAGGCGGAGGAGGAGAUCCGGCAGGAGAUGAACCAGCUGCAGCAGCGGCUGACGGAGCAGCAGAGCGUCCUGCAGCGCAUCGCCGCCCCCAACAUGAAAGCCAUGGAGAAGCUGGAGAGCGUGCGGGAUAAGUUCCAGGAGACGUCGGACGAGUUCGAGGCGGCGCGGAAGCGUGCGAAGAAGGCGAAGCAAGCGUUCGAGCAGAUGAAGAAGGAACGCUUCGACCGCUUCAACGCCUGCUUCGAGUCCGUCGCCACCAACAUCGACGAGAUCUACAAGGCCCUUUCCCGCAACAGCAGCGCCCAGGCUUUUUUGGGCCCCGAAAACCCCGAGGAGCCCUACCUGGACGGCAUCAACUACAACUGCGUAGCCCCCGGCAAACGUUUCCGCCCCAUGGAUAAUCUUUCGGGGGGCGAGAAAACGGUGGCCGCCCUCGCCCUCCUCUUCGCCAUCCACAGUUACAAACCGGCCCCGUUUUUCGUGCUGGAUGAGAUCGACGCGGCGUUGGAUAACACCAAUAUAGGGAAGGUGGCCAACUACAUCAAGGAGCAAUCGGCCGCUAAUUUCCAAGCCAUCGUUAUCUCCCUCAAGGAAGAAUUUUACACCAAAGCUCAAAGUCUCAUCGGCGUCUACCCCGAGCAAGGCGAUUGCGUCAUCAGCAAGGUGUUGACUUUCGACCUCACCAAGUACCCCGACGCCAACCCCAACCCCAACGAGCAGUGAUCCCCCCCCCCGAACCCCAAAAAAACCCCAAAACCUGGGUGCCCCCCCCCCCCAUGGGUGCCCUCCCCACCCCAGACACCUGCGUGCCUGUGGGUGCGCCCCCCCCCCCCCCCAAACGCUUUGCUACCCCUGGGUGCCCCCCCCUGAAACCCCUGGGUGCCCCCCCGAAACCCCUGGGUGCCCCCCCGAAACCCCUGGGUGCUCCCCCCAGGGUCUCAUGGGUGCCCCCCCCCAAACCCCUGGGUGCCCCCCCCCCCCAAGCCCCUGGCUCCCCCCGCUAUAGGUAGAAUCACGCUGUCGCUUUUACUGGGCUCUAUAAGGGGCCCCCCCCAAAUCCCAUACGUCCCCC